GCAAGUGAGGAUGGGGAGAGCGUGGGCCACUGUCCCUUCUGCCAACGGCUCUUCAUGGUGCUGCUGCUCAAAGGGGUGCCCUUCACCCUCACCACUGUGGAUGUGAAGAGGGCACUGGACGUGCUGAAGGACUUCGCGCCAGGUGCCCAGCUGCCCGUUCUGCUCUACAAUGGUGAACCCAAGACUGACACUGUCACCAUCGAAGAGUUCCUGGAGGACCAGCUGGGACCCCCCAUGUGCCCCAGUCUGGUCCCACGGUACAGGGAAUCAAGCCUGGCUGGGAAUGACAUCUUCCACAAGUUCUCCACCUACAUCAAGAACCCAGUGCCUGCCCAAGACGAGGCGCUGCAGCGGAUCCUGCUGCGGGCCCUGCUGAAGCUGGAUGAGUACCUGAGUGCCCCCCUGGAGCACGAGCUGGCCCGGGACCCUCACCUCCGAGCCUCCCAGCGCCGCUUCCUCGAUGGAGACCACCUCACGUUAGCCGACUGCAACCUGCUGCCCAAGCUCAACAUUGUUCAG